UUCCUCUCGACCUCCUGCACCCACUGUCAAACAUCGAAGAAAGCAGUUCCUCCAAAUCCAAUCAAUUUCUCUUCCUCUCUGUCUCAACUAGGGUUUCAAAAUUAGGUUUAUUAAUUUUGAUCUCCAAGAAAAAACUCCCCAGAUCCGAGAGAGGUCGAAACCAAGUAGAUUCAUAGAGAGAUAUCAAAACAAUCAAUGGUGGCAAUUUCUCUUUACAGGGGAAAUUUACACAAAGCUCCUGACGCUCCUCGGAAAUGGUUGAUGCCGAGACGACAUAUUUCUCUGAAAGAUUUCAGAAUUCUUUCACAUAAACGUGAUAGAACCCUUUCUGCUAUCGUUCCCUCCACCAAAAUUACAUCUCCCCCUACUACAACAAUGGUUUCUGUUCCAAACCCUAACCCUAAUUUACAGCAAGGGGAGGGAGUAGGAGAUAGUGGAGGUUCAAAGAACAAAUUGGAUUCAGCUACUGAAACUUGUGAUCUUAUACAAUUGGAACAAGAAAUUGUGGAUUUGAUUGAGGUGAAGGAAAAGGAGGAGGGACAACAGCAGCAUCUUUUAACGGCGGGUAAAGAGGAGGAAGAGUUUCAGAUUGAAUUGGAUAUUGAUGGUGGUGGUACUUGUAAUGAACAGCAACAACCUGUGGAAGUUGAGGACGAUUGUAUUUUGACUGUUGAUGAAAUAACAGAGUUAAUCCUUGAGGUUGAUUCUGGUGGUUUGGAAAAUGUCGUCCCUGCCGGUGUGGAUGGGACUUCACAAGAGGUGCUGGUGGUUUCUGAUCAACCAACUAUAAAUGUGUUCGAAAAUGUGGAUCUGCCAUACGAAAAGGAGAAAAAGAAAAGGGAGUUGGAGGAGAAGUUGGAAGUUCUGAAUGGGAGGAAACAUAAUCUAGUGCAAAUGCUUAAGCAGCAGAUUCUAAAUGCGGAGGAGGAGAUGAAGAGAAGAAACAACGUGCCGGCAUCAGUAAUCCGACCUCCUGCUCCUCUGCAAGUGGAGACAAGCGACUUAGGGUCUCCUAGACAGGCUGUUACUAGAACGGGUAUGGAUGCUAAUCACUGUGGAGAUUUAGAGGGAGAAUCAGAAGAUCAUUCUCCUCAUAACGCACAUAUACGCAAUUUUCAGCGUAUGCGCAGCACAUCUCCUUCUGGAUCUUCUCCUUUUAGAAAGAGUUCACAUAGCUCCCUUCAACCUAAUACGGUUUUGUGCCCUCCACGAACUAGUGGUAUUAUAGCCAGUCCAAGUCCAUCACGCUUUGCUCCAUCCGGAUCAGCACAUCCUACAAAUCCUCCGCCUGCUCCUAUAUCAGUCUCCGGAACUCGGUUAAUGGCUUCAUUCCCUUCUCCCGCUGCUUCAGGCGGCACUUCAGUCUUCAGAGAUUCCCGUUUUACCAGUCCGUCGUGAAAUUUACCUGGUGGGUAAAAAUUUAGCUGUAUUUUGUAGCAGCUGAUUUGUAAAUUUGUUCAGAUUAUGUACUAGCUUCUAUUUUUCUAAUCGAGUAAAUUAAUCUUCUUCCAAAACCUGUUGUACAUAGAAAAGACUAGCAUCUGUUGUCAAAAUUGCUCAAUAGAAACAUGACGAAUCUUUCUCUGGACAUAAUGUGGGUGAGGGAUACCUGAUUACCCAAA